CUGGUCACGUGGUGAAGGAGGGAGGGAGGGGGCAGGCGAAGGAGCGGAGUCACGUGACCGCGGCUGCUGCUGCUUUUGUGAGCGCCUCAGAUUUUUUAUUUUGUACAUACAUUGUUUUGUAUAUACUGUAUAUGAUGACUUCGGUGGGCAGUGAACGGACUCGGGGCACUCGAGACAAAGCGCAAGUUCCAGCUACGCAGCCGACGCAACCACAGAAACCAGUAGUACAGGCAACAGCAGAACAAAUUCGCCUUGCCCAGAUGAUCUACGAUAAGAACGAUGCAGAUUUUGAGGAUAAAGUGAAACAGCUUAUGGAAGUAACCGGGAAGAAUCAGGAUGAUUGCAUAGUGGCCCUACAUGACUGCAACGGAGAUGUGAACAGAGCAAUCAAUAUCUUGCUGGAAGGGAACUCAGACACAACUUCGUGGGAGACGGUGGGAGGAAAGAAGAAAAGUCUUGGAAAAGAGAGUUCAGAGAACAAAGAGAACAGAGAAAAGCGAGGGGACAGAGAAGUCAGCCGUGGACGGGGAAGUUCCAGCAGACGAGGAAGAGGGGGCAGCCGCGGCCGAGAGUUUAGAGUAGAAGAAAAUGGAGUGGAUAGCAGUCAAGGUGAUCGGCCUUCUGACCGUGGGAAACGUGGCAGAGGGAGAGGGUUUGGACGAGGCAGAGGAAGAGGAGCAGGGAGGUUUUCAGCCCAAGGCAUGGGGACAUUUAACCCUGCAGAUUAUACAGAAUCUUCUGCCACAGAUGGUUUUGGAGCCAAACACGAGUCUUGGGAGUCUGGGCAGACGGAUGGCCAUGAUGGAACAGGAGCCUGGAAGAACUCAAUAGAAGAAUGGACAGCUGAAGACUGGAAUGAAGAUCUUUCAGAAACAAAGGUUUUCACGGCUUCAUCUGUUCCAGCGGAGAACCAUGUUGCUCCUGGCCAAAGUAUUGAUCUGGUGACGCUGCUUCAGAAGCCUGGAACAUCUAGCCAAGAAACGGAGGGAAGCUCCUUUGAGACACCCCAGCAGCAAGGCUUUGGCCAGGCUUUGGUCUUCACAAAUUCCCAACACAACUCUCAGAUGGCCUUGGGAGCAAGUAACACAAGUGCUGUGAACUCCUAUUCUCCACAGAGUCUGUCUUCAGUACUCUGUUCUGGAUUUGGAGAGCUUGGGGCUUCAAAACCGUCCAACUCCACAGGGUCCCAGAUUUUAGAGCAGUUGAAAUCUCCAGGGUUGAGCCAGUUUACCUUACAAGGCUCUCUCAACGCAAACUCCUCUGUUUCUACAACCACAACAUCAUCCUGGGAUAUAAAACCUUCAAUUUCCCAGUCUUCUAUCCUCAGUCAGUUUGAUUUCAAAUCCCAGCCUGAACCAUCCCCGGUCCUGAGUCAGCUGACGCAGCGGCAGCAACAGCAGCAGCAGCAGCAGUUGGCGUCACCUGCCCCACCACCAGGACUGGAGUCUUUCGCCCCCCAAAAAGCUCGAGCGUCUUCUCCAGCAGACGGUUCCGUCUCCGUCGGCAAGAUGCUGCACCUUCCCAGCCUGUCUGCAGAGAGCCAAGCAACAUCAGCCCAUCAAGGCCAGCAGAAACAGAUCAAGCCCCUGAAACGGAGGAUACCCCCAGUCUCUAAGCAUGCUGUCGGUUUCCAGAUCCCUUCCUCUGCGGUGGAGAUGCCUGGAUCGACAGAUGUGUCGGGGCUAAAUGUGCAGUUUGGGGCCCUUGAGUUUGGACUGGAGGCUUCUCUCUCGGAAUUUGGAUCCGCUUCAAGCUACGAGAACAACAGCCAGGCACCCAACAACAUCCUCUACACCAAGCCCAUGACUGAUCCUUUGAAUACCUCUUUGCCAAUGUCCAAUACAGUACAGGAGCCCACCUAUACCACCCCCGCCAUCACAUCCGCCAGCCUCAGCUGCUCUUCUCAGAGCACUAGUCCUGUAACAACCGCUUCCUCCUACGACCAGGCCUCUGUGCAUAGCAGGAUAACAUACCAAAGCUCUGUGCCUCCAACAGAACCAGCCACAGCUGUUGUCACGAAUGGACAUGUUAGUGUUCGGACGCAGCCGGCCCUUGACACUCCAUCAUCCGUUCCGGCGUCUAAGACAGAAACCUCUCCUCCGUCGCUAGCUGCCAAAGGCUCUUCCUUGCCUAGCACCACGGCUGCCCCUGCUUUGCUUCUCCCUUCGGCACCCCCGCACACAGCACCACUUCCCAGCUUGCCGCAGUCCAAUGACUUGGCCAACAGCUCACUCUCCCAGUUAAGCAGCUCCCUCUCUGAUAAUCAGAACAGCCUCUCUUCUGCCUCACCACUGUCUUCAUCUGCAGCGCAUCUGCACACCAGUGUUGAGAACUCCACUGUGCUCCCUUCUCCCUCCACCUUUUCCGUGGCGUCCACUUUGGCUGCCGCCACCUCUUCGGUCUCCACCAUGACCAGCAGCAUGGCCAGCACGACCAACAGCCUUGGCCUGAACGCGGCCAGUGUCUCUCUGCCGGCGGCUCCCACCUCACGGGCCACUCCUUUAGUGUCUUCAGGCAAAGCGCCCCCCAACCUGCCCCAAGGUGUGCCGCCCUUGUUACAUAACCAGUACAUUGUGGGACCUGGAGGACUUCUACCGGCCUACCCACAGAUUUAUGGUUAUGAUGAUCUCCAGAUGCUCCAGUCUAGGCUGCCUAUGGAUUACUAUGGAAUCACAUUCCCUGCUCCUGCAACCUUGACGGGUCGAGAGGGAAGCCUUGCUAACAAUCCUUACUCAGGUGAUGUAACGAAGUUUGGCCGCGGAGACUCGGCCUCGCCGGCACCGGCCACCACGUUGGCCCAGCAGCAGGCCCAGCAGAACCAGGCGCAGAGCCACCACUCGGCCCAGCAGCCCUUCCUCAACCCCACGCUGCCGCCCGGGUACAGCUACACCGGGUUGCCCUAUUACGCCGGCGUGCCGGGGGUCCCCAGCGCAUUCCAGUAUGGGCCCACCAUGUUUGUCCCUCCGGCAUCGGCCAAGCAGCAUAGCGUCGGCUUGAACACGGCCUCCACGCCUUUCCAGCAGGCCAGCGGCUACGGGCAGCACAGCUACGGGGCAGGCUACGAAGAGCUGACGCAGGGGACGGCGGCUGGCGAUUACACCAAGGGAGGCUAUGUGGGCGCCUCUCAAGCACAAAACAAGUCGACUGGCAGCGGACCGGGAAAAGGUGUUUCUGUGACCUCAAGCAACACUGGUGUGCCUGAUAUUAGCGGCUCCGUCUACAACAAGACUCAGGCCUUUGACAAGCAGGGCUUCCACGCCGGCACUCCGCCGCCGUUCAGCCUGCCCUCGGCCCUGGGCUCCACGGGGCCCCUGAACCCUGGCGCGGCCCCCGGAUAUGCCCCGGCCCCCUUCCUCCACAUCCUGCCGGCCCACCAGCAGCCCCACUCCCAGAUGCUGCACCAUCACCUUCAGCAGGAUGGACAGGGCGGAUCCGGGCAGCGCAGCCAGGCGAGCGGCAUGCAGCAGAAGUCUCAGGCCACCAAGACCGCCUACGGGACGUCUCCCUACUGGACAAACUAACUCCAGACAUGGAAGGAGGGGAAGAAGGGAGGAGAAGGAAGGAAGGAAGGAAGGAAGGAGGGAGGGAGGGGGGAGAGGAGG